AUGGCACUGCCAACAAAGCCUAGCGUCCCCAACCUGGGCCUGAGCUCGGGGAGCCUUAACUCUCAGGAGAAGAGCCCUGGGGCUCGAGCACGCUCUGGGGGUGCUGGCAAGCAGCUGCCUGAGUACAAGGCGGUGAUGGUCGGUGCUAGUGGAGUAGGCAAGAGCGCAUUGACCAUCCAGCUGAACUUCCAGCGUUUCGUGGAGGACCACGACCCCACCAUCCAGGAUUCCUACUGGAAGGAGAUGGCCCUCGGCCGUGGGGGCUGCGUUCUGAAUGUGCUGGACACAGCAGGGCAGGCCACUCACAGAGCCCUGCGUGACCAGUGCUUGGCUAUUGGUGAUGGUGUGCUGGGUGUUUUUGCUCUUGAUGACCCCUCAUCUCUGGUCCACCUGGAGCAGAUGCGGGCCACCUGGGGCCCUCAUUUCACCCAGCCCCUCGUCCUUGUGGGUAACAAGUGUGACCUUGUGACCACUGCUGGAGAUGCUCAUGCCGCUGCUGAAGCCCUCGCACAGAGCUGGGGGGCCCCCUUCGUGGAGACCUCAGCCAAGACCCGGCAAGGUGUGGAGGAGGCCUUUUCUCUGCUCAUCCAUGAAAUCCAGAAGGUCCGGGAGGCCAUGGCAAAGGAGGCCAAGGCCAAGCCACGUGGGGUUAAGGGCCGGCACCAUAAGGCUAUGUGCCACUGUGGCUGCUCUGUGGCAUGA